AAUUACUUGUGGGUGUGCUGCCAACCUUGAUUUGCCUGCAUUUGCUUGGACGAAUUGUAGCUCUUGCGCACCGCAUGCUCCGACCCGCACAAGCCCGACGAACGACCAGCUCUUGCUGUUGAGCCCUUACGAACUGCAGUGCCGAACAGCGGUGGCCACUGUUCGUGCACCUCCCCUGACGAACGACGACCGCAGCGAAAGACCGGACGACGACGACGACUUCAAGCCGCCCCCGCCGGAAGGCAUGCAGGCAUCGGCGCACUACCCAUCUAGUUUUCAGUCCGCUCUUCAGCGCGAUCGCACGUUCUUCCUCCGUACGGACGAGCCCCUGUUCGCACGGCCAUGCGAGUGUGCGGAUUGCGGUGACUCUUUCUUUUCAGAGGAGGAGCAGAGGUACGAUAGAUUCAUUUAUAAGGGACGCAUCUCAAAUGGCGAGGCGAAAGCGAUCAUUGCGGAGCAUCUUUCCCAAAUCACUCGGGACCGCGCCUUCCUUCUGGAGCAGUGCAGCUCACGCGGAGACCAAAUCGUAACCAGAUGGAAAAAGCGCACCCAACAAAAGCGGGCAGCACUCCUGCUUCAGGCGGACCCCGAUCUUUGUAAAGAACAGUUCUUCAUCCCCCGGCUUUCGUACUCGGGCGCGCAUUGGAGAGAGACCCGCAAGCUUCGCAAAACGUAUCUUCUUCCCUACCUCAGUGUGGAAGCCCUGGCGAAGAGCAUUAGCAGCAGCGAAAUCACGUACGAGAAGAAGAAGGGUCUCCCGGAGGUGACAGAUGCAUAUUUUAGCGAAGACCCUCUCUACUGGUGCCUCGUACAGCUUCAAGGGCCACCGGACGCGCAGACACGCUUUGAUUACCCAAUGUUAUUUGACUUUCUCGAUGACCAUCUCGCAAAGUCGUCAAAGGAAGAGCGCUCUAGGUUGGACGCAAUGCUGUACGAGAAGUUAUCAGAUUUCUCUGUCAUUUUGGAAAUGCUCGUAACGAUUCGGCUUUCUUGACCGAGGAACAGCAACAGGACACUGACCGAAGCCACGUCACACGAUGACCGACGGGCGUGGAGAAACAUCAAAUCUCGGGUCCCGAAUCCCGGCCAUGUAGGCACUGCCAAAGCUCUGCAAGUCUUCUACAAGACAACAUUGCCUGGUGGCGGGAAAGACAAAGCUUGGCUUGAUGGC